AUGAGCGGACCUACAGACGAGUACAUCGCGCAGAGUGGGAUGCUUAGCUUCGCACCCGUCAACGCAAUACACCAACACGUCCAAGCCUUCCACUCGUACGCCGACUCGCGCGGCAACCUCGUCCCAGCACACCACUAUUGCGCCUGUCCGAAGCACACGGGCGAAAAGGCGCUCAUGAGGCAGUGUGUGAUCUACGACUCGGACAAGGCUGAUGCGAGGUUGAUAGGGGUUGAGUAUAUCGUUGCGGAGGAGAUCUUCAAGACACUGCCCGAGGACGAGAAGAAGUACUGGCAUUCGCACAAAUACGAGGUCGAGAGCGGCCAGCUCGUGCUCAAGACGAAGAACUGGGUUCCAGGGAUGGUCGAAGACGCCGCAGAACAAGCCGAGAUGAAGCAGCUCCACACGACGUACGGCAAGACGAUCCACACCUGGGCGUUCGACCAACACCCCGACCUCCCUCUCGGGCCGCCGAGGUUGAUGAUGUCCUUCACAGGCGACGACCAGGUCGACCCUCAAGUCCUCGAGACGAGGGAUAAGGUCCUUGGCGUCUCGACGAGCCACAAGCGCGAAGUGAGGAGCAAGUAUCUCGAUACGAGUUAUGAGCCGGUCAAAGGGGCGGACCAGUGGGAGCAUACGAAGGAUGAGGGAUUGGCGUUCGAGGCGAAGGUCGUCAAGAUGGAGCAGCCGAAGCAGGGGACAGGCAGGGUGGCGACCUGGAAGGGGAAACAGAGACUUGAGGACGUGCUCAGCUCAGGAGUCAAGCCGCAAUGA